CAGUACUGGCUACAGGAAGCCGUUAAAGUGCAUUCCCACCGGCGAUGCGAUCUAGUCGCGCGAUGCUACUAGAUCGCAUCGCGCGAUGUUCAGAUGUUCACACCGGCGCGAGCGAUGAGCGAGUUGCUCCAUGGUUGCUUCUCGAAAACUCUCGCCUGCUCUCGCUCUGAACGAUAUUUCUCGGGAGCCGUCGCCGGUCUGCUGUUCCCGCCAUCCCGUUCUUUCAUUUUCGUUUUCGCGUAGACUUUCGCGUACUCUUGCGACCAUGGACGACCGGCUAAGCGAAGAGGAGGAAGUUGUUGCAAUCUUAGCUUCUGUGUCUGCGUUGACGGCGUCGACGGUGGCAAGGCAGCAGAGAAAAAAGCGGCGAUGGUGGGUGCGCCCUAGCCUGCGUUCUCGGGAAGUCGCUGGCCACGCAGGUCGGCUCCUUCCCGAGCUCGGAGCGCGGGACGUGGAAUAUUACCGCGAGUGAGUUUUUCUCUUUACUUCGUGUUAACUACCUGUCACAUGCUUACAUUCGUAUUUUCUUUUAGCUUCCUUAGAAUGCCGCCGCAGGCGUUCGACACCCUCCUAGGGCUGUUGACUGAGAGAAUAGGGAAAAAAGACACCAACUACCGGAAGGCGAUUUCUGCGGCUGAUCGUUUGGCUUUGACCCUGAGGUUCCUCGCAGCCGGCCUCACGUUGAGGAUGGUGACGUUCAACUUUCUGGUGGGCAGGUCAACUGCAUGCCGCGUGGUGUCCGACGUCUGCGAUGCACUAUGGGACAUACUACAGCCCGUGUACCUGACCUGCCCGCAGACAGCUGACGAGUGGCUCAGGGUUGCUGCCGAUUUUGAGGAACGUUGGAAUUUUCCUCACAGCCUGGGAGCCAUUGACGGGAAGCAUGUUACUGUAGAAUGCCCCCCAAAAUCUGGCAGCCUUGACAGAAAUUAUAAAGGCACGUUCAGCAAAUCCAUGCUUGCCGUUAGUGACGCACAUUAUAGGUUUCUGUAUGUAGAACUUGGCCAUCAUGGGAGCGAGAGCGACGGAGGCAUAUUCUCAAGGUGCAAGCUCCAAGAGCGGCUGCUACAAAGCCAGAUGGGCAUGCCACAAGACCAGAACGUUGGGAUAGAGGGUCCUCUCCCUUAUAUUGUUGGUGACGAGGCAUUUCCUCUAAAAACGUACAUGAUGCGGCCCUUUUCAAGAAAAGGUAUGCCCCGCAUGCGCGUGGCUUACAGGCAGAUAAACUAUGGUCCUGGUGCACAGAAUAUGCCUUGCAGAAAGACCCAGCCCCACCUCCAGGCGCAGACCCGGACGCAGCUGCAGCCGCACGGAAGGCUGAAGUACGCGAACAAAGGAUCUUCAACUACAGGCUAAGUAGAGCCCGCAGGGUGGUAGAAACUGCCUUUGGGAUUUUGGCAUAGAAGUGGAGGAUCCUGCGACGACCGUUCAGGGCCAACGACCAAAACAUUAACAGGAUUAUUGCGGCAUGCGUUGCACUCCAUAAUUUUAUGCUGAAGCAGUCCGCAGUCUCCGCUGCAUCCUACUGCCCAGUAGGUUUGGCGGACUCUGAGGACUGGGAAGGACGGGUCAAAGAUGGAAGCUGGAGGUCAGACAAGCCAAAAGGAGGUGCCUUGGCGGCCACACCACCAGUCGGCUGCAACCCGAACCAGUAUGCUCGAACCAUGCGCAGCAAGCUCUCGCACCACUUUCUGAACGCCGGCGCAGUCACUUGGCAGGACGACAGGAUCUCCUUUACCCCAAAGUAAAGAAAAGGUGACUCAUCAAAGCCAUGGCCUGCGGUUGAGGCAACUGCCAGUGGUGCUUGUGGCAGCUGGCUGCUUGCUGAACUGCAAUUCCACCGAUUAAUGUUUAAUGUGUAGUGUUCACUCUUUUUGCCCUUCUUGCUUGCAUCAUCCUUGUUUUCUAUGAUUCAUCUAAGGUAAUAAUCGUACUCGCUUCUUUGCACAAGUUUUCCCUUGAAAUAUUUAAUUAUAAAAGAAAUUUCCAGCCAUUGUGGCACUGGUGCUGACGUUUAUUGCUUCCGUGUGUGUUCUUCGAGUUCUAGAUUUUGUGGUAAUGUCCUUUGGUUGUGUGUUUUGCAUGUUUGAGUUUGCAUAUCUUUUUUUUUUUCAUCUCAUUCGCAUGUUAAAUAUUCUUGAAAUUAAUAACUUAUGAAAGCAUUAUUGUGAAGAGGUUGAUAAUAAAUGUUACGAGAAUUUCCACUUCAUGACAGUCAUUAAUGUUCUUGUGUGCACCACAAGAAGUACAAGAGACAGGCCCCAGCCACAAAAAUAUUGGCUCCACAGCACAAGUUUCUGCUCUAGAAUGCAGUCUGCAAUAACGGAAAUCUGACAAUGGCUAAACGCCAGCAGAAUAAUGCUGCUGGAAGAAGCACUCGCUUUUUUAACGCAGGGAUGCAAGAAUGCCAAGUUAGCCACCUCGGUGGCUCCGAGGCAAAGUGCCAGCCUACGGAUUCCCAGUUUGAGGGUUUGAUUCCCAGUCAUGUUAAUUGCUGCUUACCCUGAGCUUGCAUCUUCAUACUGCAAGCUGCAGUAGACACUGGGGGAAAAUGCAUAUAGUUAUGUAGAGGCAAUUGCACAUUGACAACCGAAAUGAACACAUGAAUCUCUGCUAUCAGAUAUUUUCACAGCAUGCAUCAAAAAGCACGGAUUGCUAAUACUUACAGUGCAGGCUCUGACCGUGGCUCCACUAUUGCCAUCAUUGCUUCCCAGUGUGGCCACUUUAAUAAUGGAAUGUCUGAGAGACCCGCACCGCUUUUUGAUUUUGUUUUGAUAGUCCUCUUUAUGUUGCCGUAGACGUCUUUCAAGUUUUUAAAUUUUUGUUGUACGUUGAAUGCUGAAACAAAAAACGUGACAUUGCUGCUUCAAGGAGGUAUAUUAUUUUCACAAUGAUGUGUAAACUGUCUGAAACCUGAUCAUGGUAAAUUUAUCAAUGGUCCGUGCAGUAGUUUAAGUUUUAUAAACAUGUAAUGGCUAACAGAAAUAAUUUUAUGCGCCCCUGCAUGCUGGGAAAUACUGAUGAAAAUGUAUUUCCAAUACAAGGUAACCUCAGAGGUGGGUCAGCCUUUAAAUGGACUGCAUAAAAUGGUUUCUUAACAAAUCCCAAUGUAAUUUAGCAUGCAGAUGUAAUAGUAUGGUGCAUUUUCUAAAUAAAAUUUUGAAAAGACUACCUCAGUAAAGAAUAAAAACAAAAACUGUUUUUCCUAUACUUUCCAUGUAAACUUGAAAUAAUGUUUUGGGCCUCUGUGGUGU